AUGGUUCGACCCUUCCCGCGGGACGAGUUCCCACGCCAGCCGUCGUUCCAGCAAUGUUUUCCUCCCACCACAAGGCACGCCUCAUUCUCGCAGGAGAGAUAUGUUACCGAUGCAGUACAACGACCUGAUUCUUUCCCCCAAGAUCGCUACGGCGUCGAUCCAGGGGACAGUCGCUAUCAAGAGGCGUAUGACUUGCACCGUCGCCACCCCCCAAUGGAAAUCCCCGAGGCGCUCCGUUCACAUUGUGGGAUUGCUGGAAAGCAGUACUUCGUUGCCGUUAUGAGUGAAGAUGGAAAGCCGAUGACCUUUCUCAGUCCAUCUCAGAAGCUGCACGACAUCACGAUUCGCCAGUUUUUUGAUGUUGGCAAAUUUCAGCAGGUCAUGGCUCGAGUUGAUUCUGGCGCUGAUCCCAUAUUGGAUGAUGGACUGCCAUUCGAGGAUGCCUCUUUUAGCAGAAGUAGUAGUUUUGGGCGUAUGCGACCCUCGGAUCGACGUCGCAGCUCUAUUUUUGAUGAUUGGGAAGGCCCUACUCGAUCUGGACGCAAACGACCUCGACCCCGCCACCCAAUCAACGAAGACGACGAUGUGCCGAUGACGGUGUCAUCUCGAAAAGGCAUCAAAGUUGGUGAUGGCGAUGCAGUAUGGAACUUCUACGAACAACGUUUCAAGAACUGUCAGCAGACUGCGUGCAAGUUGAUAGCCAAGGCAUGGGUUAAGGCUGUAGAGCCCAAGAAACAAUCAACACAUCCAUAUACGGGCAGUGACGAAAAGGCUCCAGAUUGGUGGCCAAAGCCAUGGGGCCCUACAAAAGACGACAAGGUCAGGCACAAGGAACCAGAUCAUUUAUAUAAACGAGAACGAGUCCAUCUACUGGCUCAUAUAUUGAGGCUUGUGAUUGAGCCCAACAGCAAACAGCACAACGAUAUACAGAAACUUGGCCUCAAUGUGAAGAAGCUAGAAGAAACAACUUAUGAAGCCCUAUCCUCGUUCUUCAUGGACAAUGACACAAACGCCAAGAAACGACCGUAUUUAAGUGAGAUUUUCAAGAUGGCCAGGCAAGAAGAACGUUUCAAGAACGGCGAGAUUGACGGAUCCACUGAAGUCUAUGUGAUGGCGGAAGAUAAGCUUCCUGAGAACUAUGCCUCCGAGAACGAGGACGGAAUUUUUCCCAAGGAUGAGGAGGAUCAUGAAUUGCAACGUCCCAAGGUCAACACGCAGCAUCACUGCGUGAUCCCAACGCCAACGACUGGUCCUGGCUCAGCACAAACAUUGCACGGUGGUCAUGGCCCGUUCAUCGGUGAGCUACCCGUCCGAGGACAUUCCUUCAAUCCCAGCAUGUUACCCGCAGACAUAUCGUCUCAGCCACACACCUUCGUGGACAGCAACGGCAUCACGGUCACAGAUCAAACCUCAGUCACUGCCCCUAGCGGGCCCUUGGGCUUGGACAUGGUAACCAGUCCCCACGAUACCAGCCGACGCCCCUCAGUAUUCAGCGAGUACGCUAGCCCAGGAGGUAGCAACAUGUAUGCUCAGCAAUGGCAACAACCUGGGUCAACUGGGCCAGGGCAAUCAUCAAUGUAUGCAUACACCCCUACUCAGGGCAAUCCUCAGCAACCCCCCUUUAUAGGCCAGGGAGUUCCCAUGAAUGCCAGUACGCCAUUUAUGGGGGGCACGUUUGAAGGAUCUCCACGGCCAGAGUAUGAGGCAAAUGGGCCUCCGAUCUUCCGGACAGGAGAUAUGCCUCAUGCCCCGGUUAAUCAAUCCCAAGGGUACUAUGUUCCCAACGACAGCAGAAGCGGGCUACGAGUCAUCACCCAAGUGGUAGACGGUGUUGCCAGAAACCAAAUGCAAUAA